AUGGAUGGUGUGGAGAAACCGCGAGCUUCUGGCAGACGAUCAGGCAGCUUGACCAGAAGCAUAAGCAGGAGCUUGAGCAGGGCUAGUUGGAACAUGGAAGACAUGUUUUCAGUUCGCAGGCAAUCUAGGAGAAGUAACCUUGUCGAUGAAGAUGAAGAAGCUCUAAAAUGGGCUGCCAUAGAGAAGUUACCGACAUACGAUAGGUUAAGGACAAGCAUCAUUAAAUCUUUUGUGGACACUGAGGUCCAAGGCAACAAGCUUCUGCUGCAUAAAGAAGUUGAUGUCAGAAAGCUUGAUGUGAAUGAGAGGCAAAAUUUUAUCGACAAGCUCUUUCAGGUUGCAGAGGAAGAUAAUGAAAAAUUCUUGAAAAAAUUUAGACAAAGAGUUGACAAGGUUGGAAUCCGACUCCCAACAAUAGAGGUUAGGUUUGAUCAUUUAACCAUUGAAGCUGACUGCCACGUUGGCAACAGAGCUCUCCCCACCCUUCCAAAUGCUGCGAGAAACAUUGCUGAAUCAGUCCUUGGUAUGGUUGGGAUUAAUUUGGCUGAGAGAACAAAGCUCACAAUCCUCAAAGAUGCUUCUGGGAUUAUCAAACCAUCAAGGAUGGCACUGUUACUAGGGCCCCCAUCCUCAGGAAAAACAACGCUUUUGUUGGCUCUAGCAGGAAAGUUGGACCCAAGCCUUAAGGUUACAGGAGACAUAACGUAUAAUGGAUAUGGACUUAAUGAAUUUGUGCCACGGAAAUCAUCAGCAUAUAUCAGCCAAAAUGAUGUUCACAUAGGAGAAAUGACUGUGAAAGAAACCUUGGAUUUCUCAGCAAGGUGUCUAGGGGUCGGGACCCGAUAUGAUCUCCUAAGUGAGCUUGCAAGAAGAGAGAAGGAUGCUGGAAUAUUUCCAGAGGCAGAAGUGGAUCUUUUCAUGAAGGCAACUGCGAUGGAAGGAGUUGAAAGCAGUCUUAUUACUGACUACACGCUCAAAAUAUUAGGACUAGAUAUAUGCAAGGAUACCAUUGUUGGAGAUGAAAUGAUACGAGGGAUAUCGGGCGGACAGAAAAAGCGAGUGACUACAGGAGAGAUGAUUGUUGGACCCACAAAAACAUUAUUCAUGGAUGAGAUAUCAACCGGUCUAGAUAGCUCCACGACAUAUCAAAUAGUGAAGUGCUUGCAACAUAUUGUACACUACACUCAGGCUACAAUCUUGGUGUCCCUACUCCAGCCUGCUCCUGAGACGUUUGAUCUCUUUGAUGAUAUCAUCCUUUUAUCUGAAGGCCAGAUUGUGUACGAAGGCCCACGAGAGCAUAUUCUUGAUUUCUUUGAGACCUGUGGGUUCCGCUGUCCCGAGAGAAAGGGCACAGCUGAUUUCUUACAAGAGGUUACUUCAAAGAAAGACCAAGAGCAAUAUUGGGCUGAUAAAAACAAGCCAUAUAGAUACGUAACAGUGCCAGAAUUUGUUGAAAGGUUCAAGAGAUUCCAUGUGGGCAUGAGGCUAGAGAAUGAGCUUUCCGUGCCAUUUGACAAGUCUCAAGGCCACAAAGCAGCUCUAUCAUUCUCAAAGUAUUCGGUUUCCAAGUGGGAGCUACUUAAAGCAUGCUGGGAUAGAGAAUGGAUAUUGGUUCAGAGAAAUUCGUAUGUUUAUGUAGCCAAGACGGUCCAGCUUCUACUCAUGGCAGUUAUAGUGUCCACAGUGUUUAUCAAGCCUAGAAUGCACACUCGGAGCGAAGAAGAUGGAGCAGUUUAUAUUGGUGCUCUUUUGUUUACUAUGAUCAUUAACAUGUUCAAUGGUUUUUCUGAGAUCUCACUUAUAAUCAAGAGACUUCCUGUAUUUUACAAGCAAAGAGAUCUUCAAUUCCAUCCUGCCUGGACUUUCACUCUGCCAACUUUCUUGCUACAGCUGCCAAUGUCAAUAAUCGAGUCUGUUGUUUGGGUGUCAAUUACCUAUUACUCCAUUGGGUUUGCCCCUGAAGCUAGCAGGUUUUUCAAGCAACUCCUACUGGUCUUUAUCAUCCAGCAAAUGGCUGCUGGGCUCUUCCGGCUUAUUGCUGGGGUCUGCAGAACCAUGAUCAUUGCCAACACCGGCGGGGCUCUCACUCUGCUCCUUGUUUUCUUGCUUGGAGGUUUCAUCUUACCUAAAGGUACCAUUCCAAACUGGUGGGAAUGGGCUUAUUGGGUUUCACCUCUGUCAUAUGCUUACAAUGCCAUUGCUGUGAACGAAAUGCUUGCCCCAAGGUGGAUGAACAAAACGGCUUCAGACAAAGCUACCAGAUUAGGCAUAGCAGUGCUCAAGAACUUUGAUGUUUACACAGAUAAGAACUGGUAUUGGAUUGGCACAGCUGCUAUUCUUGGUUUUGCUGUUCUAUUCAAUGUUCUCUUCACCUUUGCCCUCGCGUACUUUAGCCCUCCUGGAAAGCCACAGGCUAUAAUCUCUGAGGAAACAACAAAAGAAGGAACGACGGCAUUAUCCUCUUCUGAUGGAAACAAUACAAGUGAAAUGGCAAUCUUGAGAAUGAGCAGCCGAUCCAAUCCCAAUGGACUAACUGGAAAUGCCGAUUCACUUGAAGCAGCAAAUGGAGUUGCUCCUAAGAGAGGAAUGGUUCUUCCUUUCACUCCUCUAGCCAUGUCCUUUGACAGUGUGAAUUAUUUUGUGGACAUGCCCCCUGAAAUGAAGGAGCAAGGAGUCCCAGAGGAUAGGCUGCAACUACUUCGAGAAGUAACAGGAGCAUUCAGGCCUGGAGUCCUCAGGGCAUUAAUGGGAGUCAGUGGAGCUGGAAAGACCACACUGAUGGAUGUUUUGGCCGGAAGAAAGACUGGUGGAUACGUUGAAGGUGAAAUUAGAAUCUCCGGGUUCCCCAAGAAGCAGGAAACGUUUGCCAGAAUUUCUGGAUAUUGCGAACAAAAUGAUAUUCACUCUCCUCAAGUCACUGUUAAAGAAUCAUUGAUUUAUUCAGCAUUUCUUCGUCUCCCUAAAGAAGUCAGCAAACAAGAAAAGAUGAUUUUUGUGGAUGAAGUGAUGGAAUUGGUGGAACUAGGCAAUCUCAAGGAUGCUGUAGUUGGGCUUCCAGGAGUUACAGGGUUGUCAACAGAACAGAGAAAGAGGUUAACAAUAGCAGUGGAGCUGGUUGCUAAUCCCUCCAUCAUUUUCAUGGAUGAACCAACUUCUGGUCUUGAUGCAAGGGCAGCUGCCAUUGUUAUGAGGACUGUGAGAAACACGGUCGAUACUGGAAGAACAGUUGUCUGUACGAUCCAUCAACCUAGCAUUGACAUCUUUGAAGCCUUUGAUGAGUUGCUAUUAAUGAAGAGGGGAGGACAAGUAAUCUACUCAGGGCCAUUGGGUCGAAAUUCUCACAAGAUCGUUGAAUACUUUGAGGCCAUUCCUGGAGUCCCUAAAAUCAAAGAAAAGUACAAUCCUGCAACAUGGAUGCUAGAAGUGAGUUCAGUUGCAGCUGAGGUCCGGCUUGGAAUGGACUUUGCAGAAUACUACAAAUCUUCAUCCUUGUAUCAGAGAAACAAGGCUUUGGUGAAGGAAUUGAGCACACCACCACCAGGAGCAAAAGACCUUUAUUUCGCCACUCAGUAUUCUGAGUCUGUAUGGGGGCAGUUCAAAUCUUGCCUUUGGAAGCAGUGGUGGACAUACUGGAGAAGCCCUGAUUAUAACCUCGUCAGAUACUUCUUCACCUUGGUUUGUGCUCUCAUGCUUGGUAGCGUAUUCUGGAGGGUUGGGACUAAAAGGGAGAGCUCAAGUGACCUGUCUAUGAUUAUUGGUGCCAUGUAUGCUGCUGUCUUGUUUGUUGGCAUUAACAACUGCUCGACUGUGCAACCAAUAGUAGCAGUUGAAAGAACAGUGUUUUACCGAGAAAAAGCUGCUGGAAUGUAUUCUGCAUUACCUUAUGCCAUUGCACAGGUUGUUUGUGAAAUACCAUACGUUUUUGUUCAAACUACGUAUUACACACUUAUCGUGUAUGCCAUGGUGGCCUUUGAAUGGACUGCAGCCAAAUUCUUCUGGUUUUUUUUUGUCAAUUUCUUCUCCUUCCUUUACUUCACAUACUAUGGAAUGAUGACCGUUUCCGUUACCCCAAAUCACCAAGUAGCAGCCAUCUUUGCAGCAACUUUCUAUUCUCUCUUCAAUCUUUUCUCUGGCUUCUUUAUUCCAAGACCGAAAAUUCCCAAGUGGUGGAUCUGGUACUACUGGAUGUGCCCUGUAGCGUGGACAGUGUAUGGACUCAUUGUGUCCCAAUAUGGAGAUGUUUUAGACGGCAUUAAAGUUCCUGGUCGUGAUGACAAUCCUGCAAUAAAGGUUUAUAUACAAGACCAUUUUGGAUCUUCUCCUAGUAGAGCAUUUAUUGACCCUCUGUUGGAGCAUUCAUUGCCUUCUCUGGCGGUGAUUACUAGAGAGGAUGUAGUGAUAGAAAAGACGCAAGGUCUUGGGGUGAAUGAUAUAGUUUUGGAUCUGGAUACUUUGGUUGAUGAAUGGCAGAACACCAGAAAAUACAGACUGGUGGGGAAGAUCCUGACUGACAAAUUCAUAAGUGUUGCUACGGUAGAGAUUAGAGAACACUGUCAGAAGCUCCUGGAAGCUAGCAAGGGAUGUGUGGGUGGAAAACCAGGACCAGAAGAGGAAAAGAUGAAAGAGGAGCUGAGUUGCAAUACCUUUUUUCCACUUUCUUAG